UCAACACGACUAUUAGCCAAUCGGCAGAAGCCUAUCGUGAACUUUCGCCAAUGAGACGAGUCUGGCCGGAGUUCUCGACCAAUCACCGAAGCGAUUGCCUUCCCUAUCCUCCGUGCUGUCUGGCUGCUGGUGUAUGUGUUUUUGUUAGACGGCGCGGCGUUUGAAUUGGGAAAUGCGAUCGCAGGGAAAACGGGGAAUUAUUUUUGUCGUGUAGCCGCCAACCGGGCCCCCGGAUAUCUGCUUCCAAGGUGACCUGGUGGGAGUGAUCCUAUAGGCACAGCACAAUGAGUUGGGUCGUAGAGGAGUGGAAGGAGGGGCUGCCCACAAAGACCCUUCAGAAGAUCCAGGAGCUGGAAAGUCAGUUGGACAAACUAAAGAAAGAGCGGCAGCAAAGGCAGUUUCAGCUGGAGUCGCUGGAAGCCGCUUUCCAAAAGCAGAAGCAAAAGGCAGAAAGUGAAAAAAGCGAAAUCUCCGCCCUAAAACGAGAGAAUCAGAGUUUGAUAGAAUCAUGUGACAAUCAGGAGAAGGCAAAGCAGAAGAUUACCCAUGAGUACCAGCUAAAAGAGUCACAGGUCAACUUCCUGGAGGGCCAACUCAGCGCCAGCAAGAAGCAAAUCGAAAAACUGGAGCAAGAGCUUAAAAGGUACAAGAGUGACUUGGAGAAAAGCCAACUGUCGUUCAAUGCCUGUGACAUGUCUGUGUGCGCCACUCCCCAGAAGAGCUUUGUGGCGCCAUAUACACCCAAUAAAUACACUGAUUUCAGGUAUGAAGAAUUGCAAGAGAAAUAUCAGAAAGAGGUGGAAGAGAGGAAGAGGUUGGAAACAGAGAUGAAAACAUUAAGGAAUGUGCCCCAGCCUCCACAGGCCGCUGCCCAGAGCACCAUGACGCACCGGGAUAUCGCGCGGCACCAGACUUCCUCGUCUGUGUUCUCGUGGCAAGAAGAUCGAACCCCAAGUCACCCCUCAUCUACCAGUCAUGAUAAAAGACUUAAGAGAAGUUUUGCAUCAUCCCAGCUCCUGUGGGACCAGGAGGAAACUCCAAGCAAAAGAGGUGUCCGAUCAGAGAACUUGGGUAAAAGUGCCAGUGACUCCUACACCACUCAGCUUAAUGAUCAGCUAAAAACCCAGAAUCAAGAGCUGAAAUCCAGAAUAAAUGAGCUGGAGAUGCGCUUGCAAGUUCAAGAGAAAGAUCUGAAAAAUCAGCUUAACAAACUCCAGGAAAGCCAAGCUCUGUAUGAAAAAACCCAAAGGGAACUCGCAGAGAGAGACAAAACCCUGGUGAAAUGCAAGGAGGACUUGGCACGUGUGACUGCGCAGUGUGAGCAGGCUGCUAAUAAGUGUGUGAUGGCGGAACAGAAGUUAAAGAAAGUUUCAGAUGAGCUGAGCUGCCAGAGGCAAAAUGCUGAGAGUGCGAGGGUUGCUGCGGAGCAGAAACUAAAGGAACGAGAGAAGGAAAACCAACAGGAGAUUUUACAGCAGCAGAAUUCCCUAAGGAAUAUGGAGCAGCAGCUCAGCCAGAUAAAAGCCAAGAUGAGCCAGGAGGCACAGCAAGCCAAAAAUGACUUCAACGCCCUCCAAUCAGAGCUUGACCGGGCCAUUCACACGAAAAAGAUUUUGGAAAACGAAACAGAAGAACUAAGGCAGAGGCUCAGCCGAGCGGAACAGGACUUGUGUCAGUGCCGAAGUAACGAAAAUGAUUUAAGGAAGAGCCUUGAGGACACCAAGUCGGAAAAAAAUGUAAUGAAAAGCCAGUAUGAUCAGAAAUCUAAAGACGCUCUGAAACUGGAAGAAGAAUUACAAACGGCGAACCAAACCCUGAGGCAGAACCAGCUCUUUGUGGAUGAAAUAAAAGCUAAGAAUCUUCAUUUAGAAGCAGAACUGAAGUCAGCUUUUGAGAAACUGCAAGACCACGACUCUGCCACCUUCCUGAAUUUGAAAGCCACGGUGCAUAAUUUGGAAAUGGAGAGGAAUUUUGCCCAAGAAUUAUUAAAGAAAAGAGAGAAUGAUUUUGAAGAAAUUAAAAAUAAUUUAGCGAGAAUGAUGGAUGAAACAAACUCAUUAAAAAGUCACCUUGAUCACAAAGAAAAAGAAUGUAAGGAACUGAUAAAUGCUAAUAUUUCACUUAAUAGCUGGAAAGUGGAACAGGAGAAGGUGGUGGGUCAAAUUAGCAGAGAUAAAGAUGAUCUGCUGAAGAAGAUUCAGGAGUUGGAACAUUUGCUGCAGACUCACGGUGACCAAGUACACUUGUUAGAAAAUGACAAGAAAAACUUGCACACUCAAAUUAGAACCUUGCAAGAGAUCGUCGAUGCCAAGACCGUGGACCUGCAAAAUCAGCAACUGGUAUGCGGUGAACUUCGACAAAAUCUGGACUACGAAAACCAGAAAUUUAAUAGCGAAAAUGAAAAGUUGCAGCUACAAAUUUCCGAGCUUGAGAAUGCAAUCAAAGAGCAAAAUUGUUCCGCUAGUUUGGACAAAUCGUCUUAUUGCGAAAACUUGCUAUUCCAGGAGAAGCAAUUGAAUUCCGAAAUGCAAAAACAGAUGAAAGAACUGUUAUUAGAGAAGGAAGAUAUCCAGAAAUGUCUAAAUGAAGCAGAGGUAUUGCACGAACAGUUUGUCACAGGCUCCCGAAGCCACAUGGAGAGCUUGCAGGAAAACAUUUCUUCCAAGCAGAACUACAUUGAGUCAAUAGAAUGUGCAGUUAGAGAGAAAGAAGAGCAAAUUACCACUUUAACCGAAAAAUUAGGAGUUCUAGAUGCAAACUUGCAAUCUGUCCAGGAGAAAAACAAAGAGCUUAAUGAUAAACUGCAGGAGCUCAACCUGCUUUCUGAAUCGUGGCCUUUAGAGAGAGAAAGACUAAAUUCCCAGAUUAGUUUGAAUCGGGAGGAAAUUGAACGGCUGACUGAAGAAAAUAAAAGAACCCAUCAAGUCAAUGAUCCUCACAAUGAUCAGGAAACAAACAAAGAAUCGGAGCACCAGUUAGAGACUACCCAGCCAUCGGCAGAAGAUAAAGUUGAGCCUAGAGGGUUGCCUGAUGGGGCGGGUAUUGAGAAUACCAAUGAGCUGGAAGCACUUCAGCAAGAACUCGUUCAUGUAAAAGAAAAACACUGUAGACUGCAAAGAGAAUAUGACAGACUCACUAAUGCCAACGAGGAACUUACCAAGCUGCUUGAUGACCUCCGAAACAACGAACAGUCUCUCGAUAACAUCACCGAUUUAAGUGCUUAUUUGAAGGAAAAGGAAAAUUCUCUAAAUAACAGUAAUUUUGUGCUUGAGACUCUUCCAAUGGAUCUUGAUGAUGAGAAACAAAUUCACGAUGGAUGCACUGAUUCUCCUACACUAAAGGGUACACCAAACACCGUGAAGUCCAACAAUGAUCUAGAUUUAGAACAAGAGCUAUCUACACUUCAAAAACAGGACAUAUUUUCAUUUGAUAUCGACCAGGCAGAACGUGCCACCAAUAUUUCAGACCUUCUGGUGAACAUCAGUGACCAUCAAAUAGGUGAUCGUCCAUCCAGUAGUCUUGAUUCCAGCCAGUGCGAUGACAGUAUUAACCUUAAUAAAGACAUUUUAGGCCUUCGAAUAUCUGGUGGUUGGGCAACUACAAAACCACCUCAGUCUAUUAGUGACAACGAAAAUAGUGGUCUCUUGACUUCACCGAACGAGGGCACAUCAAAACGUUUGAAAGAGACUGCAGAAAACAUAUUGAAAUCACCAGUUCCUCCAAGUCAGCGUAGUAGUCCAUCCUCAAUGAAUUCCAAUAACAGAGGAGGCCGUGAAGCCAAUAGAAAGUCUAUCCCUUGCAAAUCUGCUGCUGACUCCAUUCUUGGGAAAUCACUCGAAGAUCAGUUAUGGAUGAUGGCUGUUAUGGCCAGCGGAGAUGCCGGAGACUUUAAAGAAUUUCUUACAACUUACCAAACAGAAGUGGACGAGUUAAAAAAACAGCACCUUUUAGAAAUGGAGGCUUGCAAGCAGAAGAUGACGGAACAGGCGGCAGAACUGGAAGUUAAACUGGCAGCUGAGAAGCAACAGACGGAGUAUUUAUCACAUGAACUUGAAGCCGCCAGACUUGAACUUCAGUGCCUUGACCUGAGUGCACGCUCAUUCCUGUCUUUUGAUACUGAAGAUUUAACAAAAACACUGGAAGUUGCAAACCAGAGUAUCUGCACCGUUUUGCCCAUAGGAAAGUUAUCUCUUAGCAGCAGUGAAUUGCUCACCAACCAUAAUCUAAAAAACCUCAUACAAAGUCUAGAAUCAACCAACUCUGAGACCAAAAAGGACAGAAGCAUUCUGGCAACUAACUGCCCGGAAAUACCAAAUGAGGGAGAUGAAAAUGCCUCAAGUCUCGAAGAAAACUCUGCCGACUCGACAAAUAGUAACAUUUCAGAUUCUCCCGUCAGUAAACUGAGUUUGCAAGAAAUUAUGGAAACUCUAAAGAUGCAGAUUCAUCAAACCACUGCUGAAAAUCUUAAACUGCUUCAGUCGCUCGAGGCUGGAGAGAAGAAAAAUCUAAAUUUGUCGGCAGAAAUAGAAUCUCUUAAUAAACAGAUUGAGCAGCAUUCUGGGAAGGACAAUAUCGGCACCGAGCUUCAAAGCAGAGUAAAAGAGCUUGACGCUGAAAAGCUGCAGUUGUUUGAAAAAUAUGAAUCGAUUUCUCAAGAGAAACUGCAAUUAACCGGUCGAGUUGGGGACCUUGAGAAGGAACUUGCUAGCAUUUCUAAUGCAAUGGAGGUGCUGAAAGAACAACUGUCUCAAUUGUCCGGCAUAAGGGAGAGUUUAGAAAUAGCAAACGGAAAUCUAAAGGAACAGUAUCUGGAGACAGAAAAUGAAGUAAGAAGGGUUAAAUCAGAAAGAGCAAACAUGGAGAACCAUGCCUUAUCUCUUGAAAUAGAUCUAGACACAAUUCAGGCUAAAUACCAGCAGUUGCAAGAGGAAAACGAAGAGUACCGAAGAUCUGCUGCAACUUUACAAGACCGUCUCAGUGUUGUUGUGGCAGAGAAGAAUCAAAUUGAUCAGGAGCUGGAGAAUUUAACUGAAGAGAAAGAUGAGCUUGAGCAAAUGUGUCAGAAACUGAAGGAAAGGGUGGAAGACCUUGAAUUAAAUAAAGUGCACAACAGAAAUCUUAUUAAGAUAUUGGAAACUGAAUUGCGGUCUUUAAAAGCCGAACUUCAGGGAGCAAAAGCAUCAUUGGAGCAGUUGUCUGCUGAAAAAGAUCUAAGGGAUCUGCAGGAAUCUGAAAAGAAUGUGCAUGUGGAAGCAGAAGGGCUGAAGAACCAGCUGCAACAAAUACAAGGGGAGUAUCAGCUUUUGUUAAAAGACUCUGAAGAUAUGCAGGCCCAGCUGAGUAAAGUGUGCAGCGAAAAGGAUAAAAUCUCCAAAGUUCUAGAGUGUUGUCAAUAUGAGAAACGGGAAUUGGCCACAAACUUGAGCUCUGCUCAGGAAGAAGUUGCUCAGAUGCGGGCUGGGAUUGAGAAGCUCAAGGUUCGAAUGGAGUCAGAUGAAAAGAAGAAGAAUCACUUGAUCGGGAAACUAAAAGAGACUGAAAGGAAUUCAGAUCAUCUGAAAGAUAAAAUCGAGAAUCUUGAACGGGAAUUGCUUAUGUCGGAGGAAAAUCUCGAGUCCACAAUCCUUCAGUCGGAAUCUUCUAAGGAAGAAGUAGAGAAACUAAAGUCGAUGAAGGAGGCGCUAGAAGCUAACGUGAACACCUUCAGGAGGAGGAUUGUAGAUCUAGAAAGAGAACUUGAGAAAAGCAAAGAGAGGAUAGAAGAACUGGAAACCAGAGUACUUACCCUUUCAAAUGCCCUGGAAAAGAGCGAAAUGGAGAAGAGUUGUCUCAAUGAGGAGUCCGGACAAGAACUUUUGUUGCUGCGGGCCCAGCUAAAUGAGUUGCAAGAGCAAAAAAGAGCUUCUGCAAAACAGUCAGAUCUUGAAGCUCUUCUGGAACAGAAUAAGAUGCAGCUGAUGCAGCAACUGGAGGAAGCACACAAUACAAGCAGGACCCUGGAAUUAACCAUGGAGAAAGUCACGUUGGAAUUAAGGGAAUGCAAAUUGCAACUUGAUGAAAAGACUGAGCUGGUUCUGAGUCUAGAAGGCAAAUUGGAAGAAGCAGAGAAUUUGGAAAAGAAACUGGCUGAGCUAGCUGAGCAGAAGGCCCUUUCUGAUGAGAAGUGCAAUGCAGCUGCUACCAAGAAUGCUGAGCUCCUUAUUUUAAUUGACCAAAAUAAAGCAGAGCUGUUGCACCAGGUAGGAGAAGCGCAAGGAGAGACCAGGAACAUGGAACUGUCUCUUCAGAAAAUUGCUACAGAACUGGGUGAAACAAAGAGGAGACUGGAAGAAAAGGAACAGCAGAUCUUUGUUCUAGAAUGCAAGUUGGAAGAGACCAUUGAGUCUGAAAAGAAAUGCCAUUUGGAACUGUUGCAGUGUGAAGCAGAAAGAGACCGUCUAAACGGAGAAAUUGAGAACCAGCAAAGAGAUCUGGAGCUGCUACAAUGCAAGGUUCAGAUGGAGUCUGGGGCCAGUGAGUCUUCUCAGGCAGCAAUCCGUGAUCUGAAAUCCACUUGCAACGAUCUAGAAGCCCAGCUCCAAUCUUCUGAUGCGGAGAAGCAAGUUCUUGUGCAGAAAGUAGAUGAGCUGACAGAAAACUGUACCAUCUUACAAAGCAAAGUACAUGAGGCGGAAAUGAAAAUAAAGGAAAAGAAGGUGCUGGAUGAGCAACUGCAGGCAGUUAAGCAGCAAAUUGAAGACACUAAUACACGGCUCUGUGCCACAACCACAGAAAAAACUGAACUAACGGAGACGAUCGCCAAACUCCGCAUUGAGCAGGAGGCGCAGGCAGAUCGGAGCCGCAGUGACGCAAGGGAAUUGCAGAACAGACUUCUUCAGGCCGAGGCUAAGCAGCAGGCUGCCCUGGAUGCGCUACUGAUACAGCACAAAGAGGAAAUCCAGGCUUUGCAAGGCAAACUCACCUUGGCCGAAGAGCAUGCGAUUGGGCACGGAUAUGAGGUUGAACGGCUAAAAGCAGCUAAUGUGGAACUGAAUGGCUCUCUGGGCAGUGCUCACCGGCAACUGGAGGAGCUGAACCAACUGAAGGUGAGUUUUGCUGAGCUGAAGGAAGAACACGCGCGCGUCUGCGCUGCCCUCAGGCACCAGGUGGAGUCCUGCGCAGAACUGGAGCAGGAGAGAGAUCGGCUGAAGGGAAAGAUAAACGAGAGAGAAGAGGAAUUAAAACAUCUUCAGGCAAAACAGCAAAAUGCAGAGGGCGGAGCUAGCUCUAACGAGGACUUAUUGGCUGAGAUCGAGGAACUGAAACAGUGGUUGGAGGAGAAGACUACAGAGGCAGACGAGAGUGUUGAGAAGUACUGCACGAUAAUGAUUAAAUCCCACAAACUGGAAGAGGACAAUGACACCCUGAAGAAGCAACUCGACUUCCUCAGCUCCAAACUGAAGCAGCUGCAAACAAGUCAAGAGGUCCCAAGCCCACCCCAGAGAGGGGACCAUCCAGGACCACAGAGCAUGGACCAAAAAGGAGGAGAAGACAACCAGUCGGCACAGAGAGUAUCUAAACAGUCUUCCAAGAGGCGGCGAGAGCAAGAUGUUACUUUAGAUAAAGAAGAGCCACGAUCUCCAAUACCCCAGGGUUUGGCCAAAAGAGUUAGAAAGACUGCGAGCCGUACUGUGCCCCAUCAGCGUUCCACUGAGCAUGAGGAAGAGUUCCAACCUGAUGGGCUCCCAGAUGUUGUACAAAAAGGGUUUGCCGAUAUCCCAUCAGGAAAACAAAGUCCUUACAUUCUAAGGAGAACGACAGGGCCCGUAAGGAAAAGCCCCCGACUCGCUGCACUUAAACCUUCUCCAUCCACCCACGAAGAUCUGGAAAACCUUGCGCAUUUCUCCAGUCCAGCAGCAGGGGGCAGCAAAGCACAGCAGUCGAAACUCUCAGAAGCCGUUAGGGCUGGAUCAGAAGUUGGACCCAUGGAAGUGUCUUCCCCACUCUCGUCCUACAACAGACUAAAGAACCCGGGGUCUGACAGUCCGAUCAGCAGGAAAAUGGCAAUAGAAAGGAUCUCGGAGAAGCUUCUGCAUGAAGAGUCUGAGACUGAGGAAGCCUGUCAUGUACAGUGAAAGCACAACCCUGAUUGGCCGCUGGGUAUCCAUUGCUGUUCAUCCAAAAACUAUGAUUUUAUAACAAUGUAUAAUUUUAUCAUUUGACCUUGAAAUUAAUUUUAACUCCUUUUAUCAUCCUGUGUUUUUAACUAUUUAAACCAAUAAUUUCUGCUCCUUUUAUUGCUUGUACAGUUGUAAAUAUGCCGGAUGUACAGAAAAGGCACCUAACUCUUUUUAUACAAUUUCUUAUAAAAGAAACGUCUAAAUUUGUAUAUAUA